AGAACAGUUGCUUUCAGCUUUUGAGAGACCUCUUGUCGAGCAUAGUCACUAUCGACGUUGCAAAUUAUACACAUUGUACAUUUUAGCUGGCUUCUUAUUGAACGCGAACGAUGUGAUUCUGGCCUACUUUGUGGUGCAUGUCACUAGUUGCUUCUGCUCGUGUUCCGUUGGAGGAACGGAUCUCUUUUUGCUCAAACAAGACGACGGCUUUUUGCAGACUGAACACGUGUGCGAGAGCGGAACACAAGGUUCACUGUUGCCAUCUCUGGGUGCCUUCGCGCGCGCGAGCCCCGUCACUCACUGCAUCAAAAAGCAGCGACUUGCUCAAAACUCAGACCAUCCUACAGCAAUCGACACAGAUCAGCCGAUCAGCAAGCGUUCGACUCGCACGGCGGAGACAGGCCGCUGCGUGUAUUGCAAGCACCAUUUCUGGCAUUCGUUGAAUUAUUUUGGGUAAAAGAAACGUAUGCGUUUGAUUGUCUACCUGGGAGACAUUUUGUACUGGAUAGGGGGGAGAUCUGAGCAAAAACGUCUGGAGCAAUAAUAACAGUUGAAGCUGUCGUUUAUUGCUUCCGAGGGGUGAUCGCAAGAGCGAUGUGAUUUGCACCUACCUACCCGGCUCUCUCUUGGGACGAAACGUCGCUUCAUGCUUUCUCCAUGAACGUCUUGUCUGGAAUAAAAUAAACGGAAAAAAACAAGUGUCCACCUUUGUGCCUCGUGAAAAUUGCUUCUUUAUGAGACUAGAAUAGAAACCCCAUGCACAGGUGAGAUUUCUUGUGCGGCGUUCGGUCGAAAUCGUUUUUUCUGCGUGCGAUCUGUACAAAUAUUGGGUUUCAGAUGAAAUGAUCGACGAAUCUAAAUUCAGUCGAAAAGAUAUGCCGUUUAAUGCUCUGUAUUUGUUCAGAUUUGCCCACAAAUUUCGAGGAUCUGCAAGUCGCGUUGUUCCUGCUGUGCAGAUGUGACUCCCUCUAACUAACUCAGGCAGACACGCAGCAUCUGUUUUGAGAAAAACGCCAAAGUUCUCUGUUCCCGUCCACCGAGGCUGUACCAAUCCCGCGUCUCGUCAGGGGGACUAACGAACGCUGCAAACAGCCACGCGCGGCUGACGGUGUUCAAGGAACCCAGGAAUUCGCUGCGGAGACGGGUGCUUCGGAUCUAGCUUUAAACCACUUCGGACACCACACACAAACCGGCAGGUGAGUCAGCAACUGGCAAAACGAAAGAAACCACAAGAGCCGCGAGAGACGAGCAAAAACUAGGGUCGCGGCCGAGGCGAGUUCGACGGCCUGAGGCUGGCGUUCCUGCGCAGUCCACAAAGUGAAGUGCUUUGAAGAAGAGCGCAGCGAGAAGAAUUGC